CGGCCCCCCAGGCGAAGCGGCGGGCACCGAGUCACCAGGCACGACAGUGGGCUCCGAGGUCAACUGGCAUGACCGCUGGCACUGGGUCAAACAGUGGAUCGUCUGGCUGGACAGCGGGCAUCGGGUCACCAGGUCAUUUGGCUCGACAGCGGGGCACCGCGUCAUCUGGCAAGGCACGGGCACCGCGUCAUCUGGCAAGGCAGUGGGGCUCCGAGUCAAACAGGCACGACAGUGGGCACCGGGUCACCAGGCAUUGGAUCGCCUGGCUCGACAGCGGGCAUCGGGUCACCAGGCAUCAGGUCAUUUGGCUCGCCAGCGGGCACCGCGUCAUCUGGCAAGGCAGUGGGCACCGAGUCACACAGGUACGACAGCGGGCUCUGAGUCAAUUGGCACGAUAGCGGGCACCGGAUCAGGUACCGGAUCAUCUGGAUCAACAGCGGGCAUCGAGUCAACUGGC